AUGGAACAAAACCAAACACCAUCAUCAACAACAACAAUGAACCAAAACCAAACAUCAUCAACUAGUACUACAUUUUCUUCACUAAUGAUUGGCUUGAAACCACUAGUGGGAUCUCUAGUGAUGAGACUCAUAACAUUUAGCUGCUUGUUGGUGUCAUUGAUUGUCAUUGCUACUAAUAGUUUUGAUACAUUUAACAUUUAUGGUUUACCAAUCAGGGUUGAUUCCACUGACAUUCAUGUUUACCGUUAUAUGAUAUCUGCAGAUGUUAUUGGAAUGGCCUACACAUUGUUACUAAUUGUGUUAAUAUUUUUCCAAGUGAAAUCUGGAAGUCCCAUUGAUAGUGGUCUUACUUAUUUUGAAUUCUAUGGUGAUAAGAUAAUUUUAUUCCUAUUGGCUACUGGUGCUGCUGCUGGAUUAGGAUUGACAGUGGAAUAUAACAGAAUUAAGGACAAUGAUGAGACUACCCAAAAUAUACAAAAUUUUAUCAACAUAGCAAAUGCCUCUGCUAGUGUGCUUCUUCUUGGAUCUAUUUCCUCUGCUAUUUCCUCUAUCAUUUCUUCUCUCAAUCUUCCAAAGAGAUCUUCAUCAUAA